CCUAUCGUCCCAGCACCCCAAGACGCUACUUUUAGAGUCCCGCAACCAUCCCUUGCGCCAAGCUUCCGGCUCCGGUCUUAUAUCUGCCGCUAUCACCUCCCUGGUAAUAUUUCUCUGUCCUCUCCUGCACACGUUCUCUUGCACGCAAUUCGCGGUCGCCGGCAAACAACGGCUGCUCCGAUCCGUUCCUGAAUCACUCACACUCGGCACACCGACGCAGCAAUGGCCGACGAAAAGAUCGCCUCGUCGACGGAGGCGCCCGAGGUUAGGGCCGACGUGGGCGAGCCGAUCCAGCGGCCGCCGGGAUGGAUGUACAAGGGCUUUAGGAUUUUUGGGAAGGAGGUGUGGUAUGCGUCGCCACUUGUGCAGCUCCUCAUCGUCGCCUUCGUCUGCUUCAUGUGCCCGGGUAUGUACAACGCCCUCGGCGGUCUGGGCGGCGGUGGACAGGUGGACGCGACGGCCCAGAACGAUGCCAGCACCGCCUUGUACUCGACCUUCGCCGUGGUCGGCUUCUUCUCCGGCACGAUCGCCAACAUGCUCGGCGUCAAGACGACACUGGCCUUUGGCGGUCUCGGCUACUGCAUCUACUCCGGCAGCUUCCUGUCGUACAACCACAACCAGAACUACGGCUUCGUCGUAUUUGCCGGUGCUUUCCUCGGUAUCUGUGCCGGUCUGCUGUGGACGGCUCAGGGGACCAUCAUGGUGAGCUACCCGCCUGAGGACAAGAAGGGCCGCUACAUUUCGUAUUUCUGGAUCAUCUUCAACCUGGGUGCGGUUAUUGGCGCGCUCGUGCCGCUGGGCCAGAAUAUCAAUGCCGAGGGGGCCACCAACGUCACGGACGGCACCUACAUCGGCUUCAUCGUUCUGAUGGUCGUCGGCGCCAUUCUGGCCCUCACCCUCUGCAACGCAGACCAGAUCCGCCGCGAGGACGGCAGCAAGGUCAUCUUGAUGAAGAACCCCAGCUGGAAGACCGAGUUCAAGGGCCUGUUCGAGACCAUCACGGGCUCGCCGUGGGUCGUGCUGCUGUUCCCCAUGUUCUUCGCCUCCAACAUCUUCUACACCUACCAGAUGAACGACAUGAACGGGGCCCACUUCAACACGCGCACCCGCGCCCUCAACAACCUGCUCUAUUGGGUCGCACAGAUCUUUGGCGCCGUCAUCUCCGGAUACUGCCUGGACAUCGCCAGUGUCCGCCGCUCCGUCCGCGCCAAGGCCAGCCUGGUGAUGCUCUUCAGCCUGACCAUGGUCAUCUGGGGCGGCGGCUGGGCCUGGCAGAAGAUGCAGGCCCCUCGUGAGCUGGUCGAGGCCAAGGACUCAACCACCCCGAGGUACGACUGGACCGACGGCGGCAAGCUCUUCAUUGGGCCCAUGUUCCUGUACAUGUUUUACGGCGCCUUUGAUGCCGCCUGGCAGACUUGCAUCUACUGGUACAUGGGUGCGCUCAGCAACUCGGGCCGCAAGGCCGCCAACCUGACCGGCUUCUACAAGGGCAUUCAGUCCGCCGGCGCCGCUAUCUUCUGGCGGUUGGACAGUCUCAAGACGCCCUACAACACCAUGUUUGGUGCUACAUGGGGCGUCGUGGCUGCUGCACUGCUCAUUGCCGCACCCGUCAUCUUCAUGCGCAUCAAGGACACCGUCAGCGUCGAGGAGGAUCUCAAAUUCAGCGACGAGACCAUCGAGGACGUGGCGCCUGCGAAGGAUGUCACUGUCAUGAGCAAGGAGGAGACGGUCUAAGCGGGGGCGACAACACAAUACCCUGGGGUUUGUUACGGGGCUGGUUCUUAGGACGUGACUAGUAGUAAUAUGCAUUUGCGGGAUCUGGGCCGGGACGGUUCAGAGAUACUUUGC